AUGGCGAAGCGGGCGUUGGUCCUUCUGAUGGUUUUGGCGUGUGUUGCGAGUGGGAGUGGGAGAGAGGAAGGGAAGAAGUUGACAAGUUCGGAGAACCACUUGAUUGACUCCGGCUCAGGGUGGAAGGGAGGGAGCCAUGGUGUCUGGCCUGGGAUUGGUGUUGGUGGUGGGCCGCUUAGCGAUUGUGUUAGGAAAGGGAAACGGCAUGGUGGCGGCGGCGGUGGAGUUGGUGGAGGGAGAGGGAUCGGUGGAGGUGGCGGUGCAGGUGGUGGAGCCGGUGGAGGCAUUGGCGGAGGCGGUGGAGUUGGUGGAGGGAGACGGAUCGGUGGAGGUGGCGGUGCAGGUGGUGAAGCCGGUGGAGGCAUUGGCGGCGGCGGUGGAGUUGGUGGAGGGAGAGGGAUCGGUGGAGGUGGCGGUGCAGGUGGUGGAGCCGGUGGAGGCAUUGGCGGAGGCGGUGGAGUUGGUGGAGGGAGAGGGAUCGGUGGAGGUGGCGGUGCAGGUGGUGGAGCCGGUGGAGGCAUUGGCGGAGGCGGUGGAGUUGGUGGAGGGAGAGGGAUCGGUGGAGGUGGCGGUACAGGUGGUGGAGCCGGUGGAGGCAUUGGCGGAGGCGGUGGAGUUGGUGGAGGGAGAGGGAUCGGUGGAGGUGGCGGUGCAGGUGGUGAAGCCGGUGGAGGCAUUGGCGGCGGCGGUGGAGUUGGUGGAGGGAGAGGGAUCGGUGGAGGUGGCGGUGCAGGUGGUGGAGCCGGUGGAGGCAUUGGCGGAGGCGGUGGAGUUGGUGGAGGGAGAGGGAUCGGUGGAGGUGGCGGUGUAGGUGGUGGAGCCGGAGGAGGCAUUGGCGGAGGCGGUGGAGUUGGUGGAGGUGGCGGUGUAGGUGGUGGAGCCGGUGGAGGCAUUGGAGGAGGCGGUGGAGUUGGUGGUGGCAUCGGUGGAGGUGGUGGAGCUGGUGGUGGCAUCGGUGGAGGUGGUGGAGCUGGUGGUGGCAUCGGUGGAGGUGGUGGAGCUGGUGGUGGCAUCGGUGGGGGUGGUGGAGCUGGUGGAGGCAUCGGCGGAGUUGGCGGUGGCAUGGGCGGAGGUGGUGGAGCUGGCGGCGGCAUGGGAGGAGAUGGAGGAAUUGGUGGUGGCAUCGGUGGAGGUGGCGGGGCUGGUGGAGGCGGCGGAAUUGGAGGAGGUGGUGGACUUGGCGGGGGCAUCGGCGGAGGUGGUGGCUUCGGCGGAGGUGGUGUCGGUGGCGGGAUCGGAGGAGGUGCUGGGGCUGGAGUUGGAAUGGCGGGUGGUGGCGGCAUUGGUGGAGGUGGUGGUGUUGGAGGAGGCAUCGGUGGGGGUGGAGGUGUAGGCGGCGGGUUUGGAGGAGGUGCUGGGGCUGGAGUUGGAAUUGCGGGGGGUGGCGGCAUCGGUGGAGGUGGUGGUGGUGUUGGAGGAGGCAUCGGUGGGGGUGGUGGUGUAGGCGGCGGGUUUGGAGGAGGUGCAGGGGCUGGAGUUGGAAUUGCGGGUGGUGGCGGCAUCAGUGGAGGUGGUGGUGAUGUUGGAGGAGGCAUCGGUGGGGGUGGUGGUGUAGGCGGCGGGUUUGGAGGAGGUGCUGGGGCUGGAGUUGGAAUUGCGGGUGGUGGCGGCAUUGGUGGAGGUGGUGGGUUUGGCGGAGGUGGCGGUAUUAGUGGUGGCGCAGAAGGUGGACUAGGUGGAGGAGGUGGCUUUGGUGGUGGAGCUGGUGGCGGUUGGGGCAUCGGCGGUGGUGCUGGCGGUGGAUUCGGUGGUGACGGGGAAGCAGAUGGCGCCUUUGGUGCCGGAGGUGGUGAAGGGGGCGGCGCAGGCGGUGGUUUUGGUGGGGGAGGUGGUUCAGGCGGUGGAUUGGGCGGAGGUGGCAAAAAGCAUCACCAUGGGAAAAUUGGUGGUGGGAAGGGCAUCGGCGGUGGAGGCAGGUCAGUCGGAGGUGGUCCUGGCGGCUCGCUGGAGCAGGGAAAGCCUCAUCAACUUGCGAAGCCUUGA